CAAUGGACGUAUUGCGAUACCGUACCGUACCUUGUUUACAAUUUUAUAUUUUAUAACUUUUAACUUUUAUGUCAAUCGCCAUCGGUCUUUUUAAUCAACUUGUGUGCACGUCUACUAAUAAAAUCUUAAAAUCAAUUGUUUUAUUAUUCAGUUUUACUUGAAUAAUUAUGGGUUUGAAUAAAUACAGCGAUUAUGGAAGUGGAUCUUCAUCGGAGUCGUCGUCGCCAUGGUGUCUCCAGGACACGUGGGAGGAGUUCCACUCGCGGCUGCGCGACCACGACUUCCUCAGGCCGAGGUCUUCCAGCUUCACAGAACUGGACGUGAAGAGCAAGCUGGAGGCGAGGAUGCAGGAGUUCAAAAUGAACGGCUUUGACUCCCCGUACGACCCUGACGAGAAACCGCAGACCACUAUUCCAGUGUUGGGUGUUGGGCCGUCGUAUCUCCGUCAGAAGUCCUGGCCAGCGCCUGAAGUGACUCCUACACAGGCGCUGCCCAGAGUUGACUGGACACCGUUACCCCAGCCGAUUGAAGUUCCAGCAGUGGAUCUUCCCAAAGACCCCGUGUCCGAGUCCUGGGAGACAAUCACCGAAGACCAGAUGAAAGUGCUGAAGACUUUGCCCAGCGGAGUCCUGUACGGGCUGCUGAAGCAGAUUGAGCAACACCGGGAAGUGUAUGUCAACCAGAAUAAACAGCACCAGAUGGAGUGCCGCUUCUGCAAGAACAACGGGGAACGCGCUCCGUUCUAUCGCAGUCACUCCCUGCGUGCGCGCGGCCGCGUCACGUGCCCCGUGUUACGCGCGUUCGUGUGCCGGCGGUGCGGCGCGCACGGCGAUAACGCGCAUACACUGAAGUACUGCCCGCUGGCUACUGCUGACGAACGCAAGCAGUCCACAGCGAUAAUGCACAGCGUCCGCAUGGCGUCCGGCAAGCGCCGCCAGCCAGCGCCAUUUGACCUCAUCGACGACUACAUGGUGCUUCGUCCCACACCGCCCCAAGUGCCCCAGGAGCCCAACUCUGUGCCCCAAAACUACGCCCCACUCGACCCCAUCUGGGAGGCGUUGGAGAGGAAGCUCAUGCUUUAGUCCCCGAAUGAUAGUCCAAACCGCAACUAACUGAUUAUGACGAUUAAAAUCAUGAGUUCAUGCUUAAAAUUGAUUAAGGACUUCAUCGCAAUUAUUGUCUUGAUUAUAGAAAAGAUGAUCAUGAGCCAAUUCUUUAGUCUCAAAAUCAAAUCCGUAACGUCUGAUUGAAGUAAGUGAAAUCAUGUUUAAUCCACCCCUUUACGAAUAAGAAUAUUUACAAGCGAACUAUUUAACGUCGAUUGUCUUUUGCGCAUUGGAAAAGCUGCUAGCAGACUUUGUAUGCAGCUUUUUCAAUUAUAACAGUCUUUGGACAGCGGACCUAGAAUAGUUAUGUCUUGGUAAGUAUCCUUAUUAAUAAGGGGCAAAUAAUAGCAUCAAUAUUACUCCUUAAAUUAAUCAUGAACCAUCCAAUAUUCUGAUUUCCCAUUUUGGGAGUUACUGUGGUUGUAAAGCGAAAUCUUGCGUGAAAAGGACUAAACCGAUUUCUAUGUUGAUCAUAGCGACCGAUAGAUGGCGCUGAAUUAUUUUUAUAACAAAUGAUGACACAUUCGUGCCGAGUAUUGUAUUAUUAAUUUAAGUUUUGAUUAUUUAUAAUAAUGAUGAUAAUGUUCUUGACUAGUUUUAUAUGAUUCUCUAGCUUUUGAUAUACGCGUUUAGUGAAUAGAUUUUUGUAUCGAUUUUAAAUGUUACUCGAAAUCGAAUAAGUAUAGUUAAUUAUAAUAUAGUUUUUGUAUAAUAUAUACAGUAUACAAUAUAUAUUUUACAACACAAUGGAGUAGCAUUUCUGAGGCAAAUGUUGAUGCAUUGCCGGCUAAAAUGAACUUUUCCAUUCCAAAAAUAAAAUGACAACAACUAUAAGUAUUUGACGAAACACAAAUCUUUUAGAUCAGCCUUGCAUUGUAGAAAAUAAAUUGCAAUAGUGAUUAUUGAAAU